AUGAGCUCCGGGUUCGGGCAGGUACUGACAGCGGUCGGGGAGUUUGGAACUUUCCAGAAGCGAAUGUUGGCGGCGAUAUGCUUCCCGAACAUCUUCAACGGGUUCCACAUGUUCUGUCAGGUGUUUACGGGGAUGAACUUCCCUCACCACUGUAACACCGACUGGAUCAGGACGCAGGGACCCGACCUGACCAACGAUAGACAGAAGAACCUCACCCUUCCUCCGCUUGAGGAGGGCCCUGGGUUCCAGUCCUGUAAGAUGUACACUCCGGUGGAUCUGGACUUGGAGACUAUUGAAGAGUACGGGAUAAACAGUACCAUCUCCUGCAGGGAUGGAUGGAAGUAUGAGGCUCCCCAAGGGACCACCAGCCUGGUGACUGAGGUAAGGUCAUAGGGAAGAACAGGGUCUGUUUUUCUCUACACCUGUUUGAGACAGGCCGGUUAGUUGGGGCAGACAAUGGGUCAGUGCCAAUACUAAAUAUCUGUUGAGCCUGCAGUCUGAUGCCUAGUUUGAAUGAAUCAUAAUGACGCCACACUCCCUCUCAUUCCACUAUCAGUGAUCUGCCUCAGGUGAGAGCCAGUUGUGUGUGCUCCAUGUUUCUGCCUCAGGUGAGAGCCAGUUGUGUGUGCUCCAUUCCCCUAUCAGUGAUCUGCCAGUUGUGUGUGCUCCAUGUUCCAGACUUUAACUUAUGGAACAUGUUUGUGUCUCCAGCUGUACUGUAGGACAAUUAUCAAAAUGUGCAACAGUAGAAUAAUGCUCCUUAACUUCUCUACUAGCCAUCUAUUGUAGAACUAUCUCUCUCUUCUGAUUACUCUAUAAUAAUGUCUCUAUUGAGGUUAUGCUAAUAGAAUGAUCAUAGAAAUGAUAUAGGACUUUGAUGUGAUUGAACCUGAACACUCUUUAUGACAGAGUGACAGAGGACAUACUGAGACUAACAGACAGUGAAAUAGGACUGACAGACAGACAGACAGUGAAAUAGGACUGACAGACAGACAGAGGACUGACAGACAGACAUACUGAGAACUGAGAACAGACCGACAGACGGAGGACUGACGGUGGAAUGACAGAGGACUGACAGACAGACAGAGGACUGACAACAGACAUACGGAGUGACAGAGGACAGAAAGACAGACAGGCAGCACUGGACUCAGUCGGCUGUUUCCAUAAUAAUGUUAGACUUGGCAGCUGUUUCCAUAAUGAUGUUAGACUUGGCAGCUGUUUCCAUAACGAUGUUAGACUUGGCAGCUGUUUCCAUAACGAUGUUAGACUUGGCAGCUGUUUCCAUAACGAUGUUAGACUUGGCAGCUGUUUCCAUAACGAUGUUAGACUUGGCAGCUGUUUCCAUAAUGAUGUUAGACUUGGCAGCUGUUUCCAUAACGAUGUUAGACUUGGCAGCUGUUUCCAUAAUGAUGUUAGACUUGGCAGCUGUUUCCAUAAUGAUGUUAGACUUGGCAGCUGUUUCCAUAACGAUGUUAGACUUGGCAGCUGUUUCCAUAAUGAUGUUAGACUUGGCAGCUGUUUCCAUAACGAUGUUAGACUUGGCAGCUGUUUCCAUAAUGAUGUUAGACUUGGCAGCUGUUUCCAUAACGAUGUUAGACUUGGCAGCUGUUUCCAUAAUGAUGUUAGACUUGGCAGCUGUUUCCAUAACGAUGUUAGACUUGGCAGCUGUUUCCAUAAUGAUGUUAGACUUGGCAGCUGUUUCCAUAAUGAUGUUAGACUUGGCAGCUGUUUCCAUAAUGAUGUUAGACUUGGCAGCUGUUUCCAUAACGAUGUUAGACUUGGCAGCUGUUUCCAUAAUGAUGUUAGACUUGGCAGCUGUUUCCAUAAUGAUGUUAGACUUGGCAGCUGUUUCCAUAAUAAUGUUAGACUUGGCAGCUGUUUCCAUAAUGAUGUUAGACUUGGCAGCUGUUUCCAUAACGAUGUUAGACUUGGCAGCUGUUUCCAUAACGAUGUUAGACUUGGCAGCUGUUUCCAUAACGAUGUUAGACUUGGCAGCUGUUUCCAUAACGAUGUUAGACUUGGCAGCUGUUUCCAUAAUGAUGUUAGACUUGGCAGCUGUUUCCAUAAUGAUGUUAGACUUGGCAGCUGUUUCCAUAACGAUGUUAGACUUGGCAGCCAGCCAUCCUGUCAUACCUACAGUGGGGAGAACAAGUAUUUGAUACACUGCCGAUUUUGCAGGUUUUCCUACUUACAAAGCAUGUAGAGGUCUGUAAUUUUUAUCAUAGGUACACUUCAACUGUGAGAGACGGAAUCAAAAACAAAAAUCCAGAAAAUCACAUUGUAUGAUUUUUAAGUAAUACAUUUGCAUUUUAUUGCAUGACAUAAGUAUUUGAUCACCUACCAACCAGUAAGAAUUCCGGCUCUCACAGACCUGUUAGUUUUUCUUUAAGAAGCCCUCCUGUUCUCCACUCAUUACCUGUAUUAACUGCACCUGUUUGAACUCGAUACCUGUAUAAAAGACACCUGUCCACACACUCAAUCAAACAGACUCCAACCUCUCCACAAUGGCCAAAACCAGAGAGCUGUGUAAGGACAUCAGGGAUAAAAUUGUAGACCUGCACAAGGCUGGGAUGGGCUACAGGACAAUAGGCAAGCAGCUUGGUGAGAAGGCAACAACUGUUGGCGCAAUUAUUAGAAAAUGGAAGAAGUUCAAGAUGACGGUCAAUCACCCUCGGUCUGGGUCUCCAUGCAAGAUCUCACCUCGUGGGGCAUCAAUGAUCAUGAGGAAGGUGAGGGAUCAGCCCAGAACUACACGGCAGAACCUGGUCAAUGACCUGAAGAGAGCUGGGACCACAGUCUCAAAGAAAACCAUUAGUAACGCACCACGCCGUCAUGGAUUAAAAUCCUGCAGCGCACGCAAGGUCCCCCUGCUCAAGCCAGCGCAUGUCCAGGCCCGUCUGAAGUUUUCCAAUGACCAUCUGGAUGAUCCAGAGGAGGAAUGGGAGAAGGUCAUGUGGUCUGAUGAGACAAAAAUAGAGCUUUUUGGUCUAAACUCCACUCGCCGUGUUUGGAGGAAGAAGAAGGAUGAGUACAACCCCAAGAACACCAUCCCAACCGUGAAGCAUGGAGGUGGAAACAUCAUUCUUUGGGGAUGCUUUUCUGCAAAGGGGACAGGACGACUGCACCGUAUUGAGGGGAGGAUGGAUGGGGCCAUGUAUCGCGAGAUCUUGGCCAACAACCUCCUUCCCUCAGUAAGAGCAUUGAAGAUGGGUCGUGGCUGGGUCUUCCAGCAUGACAACGACCCGAAACACACAUCCAGGGCAACUAAGGAGUGGCUCCGUAAGAAGCAUCUCAAGGUCCUGGAGUGGCCUAGCCAGUCUCCAGACCUGAACCCAAUAGAACAUCUUUGGAGGGAGCUUAAAGUCCGUAUUGCCCAGCGACAGCCCCGAAACCUGAAGGAUCUAGAGAAGGUCUGUAUGGAGGAGUGGGCCAAAAUCCCUGCUGCAGUGUGUGCAAACCUGGUCAAGACCUACAGGAAACGUAUGAUCUCUGUAAUUGCAAACAAAGGUUUCUGUACCAAAUAUUAAGUUCUGCUUUUCUGAUGUAUCAAAUACUUAUGUCAUGCAAUAAAAUGCAAAUUAAUUACUUAAAAAUCAUACAAUGUGAUUUUCUGAAUUUUUGUUUUAGAUUCCGUCUCUCACAGUUGAAGUGUACCUAUGAUAAAAAUUACAGACCUCUACAUGCUUUGUAAGUAGGAAAACCUGCAAAAUUGGCAGUGUAUCAAAUACUUGUUCUCCCCACUGUAAAUCAUCAUCAUAAAUCAUACUGUUCCUCCCAUUCAGACUGUGGGGCUGUCUUGUCUUGUCCCUUAUUCAAUCAACACUGUAUAGUUGUGUAAUAACAGAACGACUGGGACAACAUGUACUAUCUAGACUACAUGUACUAUCUAGACUACAUGUACUGUCUAGACUACAUGUACUGUGUAGACCAGUGGAGGCUCCUCAGAGGAGGAAGGGGAGGACCAUCCUCCUCAGGGAAUUUCAUUAAAUAAUAUAUUUUUUAAACAUUUUAAAAGUUAGCCUUUUUAGAUAAAACUAUACUAAAUAGAAUCACGUCACCAAAUAAUUGAUUAAAACACACUAUUUUGCAAAUAAGGUCUACAGUAGCCUCAACAGCACUAGCACCAUGGUGUAGCCAGAGGACAGCUAGCUUCCGUCCUCCUCUGGGUACAUUGACUUCAAUACAAAAUCUAGGAGGCUCAUGGUUCUCACCCCCUUCCAUAGACUUACACAGUAAUUAUGACAACUUCCGGAGGACGUCCACCAGCCUACCAGAGCUCUUGCAGCAUGAACUGACAUGUUGUCCACCCAAUCAAAGGAUCAGAUAAUUAGUACUGAAUGCAUAAACUACAGCUAGCUAGCACUGUAGUGCAUAAAAUGUAGUGAGUAGUUGACUCAAAGAGAGAGAAAGACAAUAGUUGAACAGUUUUGAACAAAUUAAUCUCUUCCAAAAUGAAGGAGAAGCAAGAGAGAAAUAGAGAGAAAGAGUUAUUUUUUUCAGUUUCACUUACUUAGCUAACAAAUGCAGCUAGCUAGGUCAGCCUACUGAAACACCCUGCUCAAACAGAGGGAUGCUAUGUUAGCUAGCUGGCUAUGACUAUCCAACACAACACUGGAACUCUUCCAAGUCAAGGUAAGCUUUUGGUUUUAAUAAUUUAUUGUCACCGGGGCCCGCCAGUGUAACUGCUUACCUGACUGUACACUGUAAUGUUACUGCAUGAUUGGAGCGGGUUUACUAACACGUUAGUUCUAUUAGCUAUGCUGACUAGGACGUUAAUUUAGCUAAUAUGGCGACAACGAUGUAGGCUGUGUGUAGCGGUUAGCGGUUAUGAUAUGAAGGUUUGGCUUGGAAAGGUUUUUUCACCUGGUCACAUACAGCUGAUGUGUUGAAGUCCACAAGUGAAGGGAAGCGGUGAGAGGAGAAGAGCGCAUAGAUGCGAGAAGGAAUACAACGUUGCUGCUAUGAAAGUGAACUGUGUUUACGCGUGAUCAGGGGUGUAUUAAUUCCGCUGAUUCUGUUGAAAAACCUUUCUUAAACGGAAGCAAACGGAACAAAACGGGGAUAAACAUACCUGAAUUUGUCCAAUAGAAACUCUUGUUUGCAACUGUUGGACUAAUGAUUACACCCUAUAUCAGCUGGAUGCAGGCAAGAGUGUGCAAGGCAGUAUUGAAUGUGUCACUGUCUGUCACCUCAAAUGUUUCUCUCGACCUGUGUGCACCUACGUUGUAAACUUUCAUUCAUAGGCUAGGUUGUAACAACCUCAUGAUGUGUAUAGGGAACAUGUGAGUAUCAUGUAGUAGCCUAAACCUAUCACUGUUACGUUGAACUGGGUGAAUGGAAGAUGAAUGACAGUCAUCCAACAUGCUGCAAUAGAAACAAGGCCAUGCUCAUGAACAACAAACGGCACUGACUACAACUGGUGUAGACUACAUGUUAUGAACAGAACAGAUAUGUCUCCAUGAACAGAACAGAUAUGUCUCCACGAACAGAACAGAUAUGUCUCCACGAACAGAACAGAUAUGUCUCCACGAACAGAACAGAUAUGUCUCCACGAACAGAACAGAUAUGUCUCCAUGAACAGAACAGAAAUGUCUCCACGAACAGAACAGAUAUGUCUCCACGAACAGAACAGAUACAGUACCAAUCAAAAGUUUAGAUACACCUACUCAUUCCAGGGUUUUUCUUAAUUUUUUACUAUUUUCGACAUUGUAGAAUAAUAGUGAAGACAUCAAAACUAUGAAAUAACACAUAUGGAAUCAUGUAGUAACCAAAAAAGUGUUAAAUAAUUCAAAAUUUAUUUUAUAUUUGAGAUUCUUCAAAGUAGCCACCCUUCGCCUUGUUGACAGCUUUGCACACUCUUGGCAUUCUCUCAACCAGCUUUAUGAGGUAGUCACCUGGAAUGCAUUUCAAUUGACAGGUGUGCCUUGUUAAACGUUAAUUUGUGGAAUUUAUUUCCUUCUAAAUGCGUUUGAGCAAAUCAGUUGUGUUGUGACAAGGUAGGGGGGGUAUACAGAAGAUAGCCAGCCGUAUUUGGUAAAAGACCAAGUCCAUAUUAUGGCAAGAACAGCUCAAAUAAACAAAGAGAAACGACAGUCCAUUAUUACUUCGAAGGUCAGUCAAUCCAGAAAAUGUCAAGAACUUUGAAAGUAUCUUCAAGUGCAGUCGCAAAAACCAUCAAGCACUAUGAUUAAACUGGCUCUCAUGAGGACCGCCACAGGAAAGGAAGACCCAGAGUUACCUCUGCUGCAGAGGAUAAGUUCAUUAGAGUUAACUGCACCUCAGAUUGCAGCCCAAAUAAAUGCUUCACAGAGUUCAAGUAACAGACACAUCUCAACAUCAACUGUUCAGAGGAGACUGUGUGAAUCAGGCCUUCAUGGUCUAAUUGCUGCAAAGAAACCACUACUAAAGGCCACCAAUAAUAAGAAGAGACUUGCUUGGGCCAAGAAACACGAGCAAUGGACAUUAGACCGGUGGAAAUCUGUCCUUUGGUCUGAUGAGUCCAAAUUUGAGAUAUUUGGUUCCAACCGCCGUGUCUUUGUGAGACGCAGAGUAGGUGAACGGAUGAUCUCCACAUGUGUGGUUCCCACCGUGAAGCAUGGAGGAGGAGGUGUGAUGGUGUGGUGGUGCUAUGCUGGUUACACUGUAUGUGAUUUAUUUAGAAUUCAAGGCACACUCAACCAGCAUAACUACCACAGCAUUCUGCAGCGAUACACCAUCCCAUCUGGUUUGCGCUUAGUGGGGCUAUCAUUUGUUUUUCAACAGGACAAUGACCCAAAACACACCUCCAGGCUGGGUAAGAGCUAUUUGACCAAGAAGGGUGAUGGAGUACUGCAUCAGAUGACCUGGCCUCCACAAUCACCCGACCUCAACCCAAUUGAGAUGGUUUGGGAUGAGUUGGACCGCAGAGUGAAGGAAAAGCAGCCAAUAAGUGCUCAGCAUAUGUGGGAACUUCUUCAAGACUGUUGGAAAAGCAUUCCAGGUGAAGCUGGUUGAGAGAAUGCCAAGAGUGUGCAAAGCUGUCAUCAAGGCAAAGGGUGGCUACUUUGCUUAACACUUUUUUGGUUACUACAUGAUUCCGUAUGUGUUAUUUCAUAGUUUUGAUGUCUUCACUAAUAUUCUACAAUGUAGAAAAUAUUUAAAAUAAAGAAAAACCCCUGAGUAAGUAGGUGUGUCCAAACUUUUGACUGGUACUGUAUGUCUCCAAGAACAGAACAGAUUUUUAUCAAAGAACAUAUAUGUCUCCAAAAACAGAACAGAACUCUCCAAGAACAGAACAGAUAUUUAUCAAAGAACAGAUAUGUCCACAAGAACAGAACAGAUAUUUAUCAAAGAACAGAUAUGUCCACAAGAACAGAACAGAUAUUUAUCAAAGAAUGAAUAUGUCUGCAAGAACAGAACAGAUAUUUAUCAAAUAACAGAAAUGUCUGCAAGAACAGAACAGGUAUUUAUCAAAGAACAGAUUUCUCCAAGAACAGAACAGAUAUUUAUCAAAGAACUGAUAUGUCCGCAAGAACAGAACAGAUAUUUAUCAAAGAACAGAUGUCUCUAGGAUUAGAACAGAUAUUUAUCAAAGAACAGAUGUCUGCAAGAACAGAACAGAUAUUUAUCAAAGAACAGAUGUCUCCAAGAACAGAACAGAUAUUUAUCAAAUAACAGAUAUGUCUGCAAGAACAGAACAGAUAAUUAUCAAAGAACAUAUAUGUCUCCAACAACAGAACAUAUAUUUAUCAAAGAACAGAUAUGUCUGCAAGAACAGAACAGAUAUUUAUCAAAGAACAGAUAUGUAUGCAAGAACAGAACAGAUAUUUAUCAAAGAACAGAUAUGUCGCCAAGAACAGAACAGAUAUAUAUCAAAGAACAGAUGUCUGCAAGAACAGAACAGAUAUUUAUCAAAGAACAGAUAUGUCUCCAAGAACGGAACAGAUAUUUAUCAAAGAUCAGAUAUGUCUGCAAGAACAGAACAGAUAUUUAUCAAAGAACAGAUAUGUCUCAAAGAACAAAACAGAUAUUUAUCAAAGAACAGAUAUGUCUGCAAUAACAGUGUCACGAUCGUCAGGGAGAGACCAAGGCGCAGCGUUGAAGGUGAACAUAUUAUUUAUUAUACUGAUCACACGAUCAAAAAUAACAGACGAUAACGUGAUGUCUACGGUUUAACACAAACCAAAUAAGAACAAGAAACCACAAACACAAAGUGAAAGACAGACAGUUAAAUAUGGCUCCCAAUCAGAGACAACCAGCUGACACUCGUUGCCUCUGAUUGGGAGUCACUCAGGCCAACAUAGAAAUACAAACAUAGAAUUACACACCCUGGCUCAACAUAACAGUGUCCCCAGAGCCAGGGCGUGACAGUACCCCCCCCCUAAAGGCGCGGACUCCGACCGCGCCAACUAAAUACCACAGGGGAGGGACCGGGUGGGCACUCCGCCUUGGCGGCGGAUCCGGCUCCGGGCCUGAUCCCCACUCCCUCUCCAACCCCCCAAAGUACCCCUGGUCUGGUCUGGCCCCGCUGGCCGGAGCUGGACUGCACACUGAUGGAGCGGAUUGCUCUAGCUCCGGCGUAACGCAUCUGACCGGUGCCGGACCAGGCACCAGUGGAACAAGCACGGGCCGUGCCGGACCGACGACGCACACCACUGGCUUGGUGUGGGGGAACAGGCACGGGCCGUGCUGGACUGACGACGCACACCACUGGCUUGGUGUGGGGAGCAGGAGCGGGCCGGACAGGGCUGACGAUACGCACCACAGACUUGGUGCGGCGAGCAGGAAUGGGCCGGACUGGGCUGGCGACGCGCACCACAGACUCGGUGCGGAGAGCAGGAACGGGCCGGACUGGGCUGGCGACGCGCACCACAGACUUGGUGCGGAGAGCAGGAACGGGCCGGACAGGGCUGACGAAACGCACCACAGACUUGGUGCGGGGAGCAGGAACGGGCCGAACAGGGCUGACGAAACGCACCACUGACUUGGUGCGGGGAGCAGGAAUGGGCCGGGCCAAGCUGGCGAUGCGCACUGUAGACUUGGUGCGAGUGGCAGGAACAGGCCGGACCGUACUGGGAACACACACCACUGGCCCUACGUUGGGGAUCAGGAACAGGCCGGACCGGACUGGCAACACACGCCAGUACCUCUCGCCGUGCCUCUACAUCUUCCACCCCCUCUUCGACCAGUGGCCCCCGUAACCUGGCGGCCUCCUCUGCCAAUCCGCUGGGCCGCUCUGCCGCGGUCUCCUGCUGGCCCGUCGUCCACGGCGUUAGCCCCCCCCUAAAAAAUUUCUGGCCUUCACUCCUACCCGUGGCCAAGGUCUCCAUGUCCCUCGCCAGCCGUUCGCCCUUCUGCCACAAUGUCAAGCCCCUCUCCUCCUCAUCCGGCUUGACCCAGUCGAGGAGGCGAAGGAGAUCUGUUAGAGAUCUCCCUGGCGAUGGCUCCUGGACACGCUGCUUGGUCACAUCUUGGUGGUUUCUUCUGUCACGAUCGUCAGGGAGAGACCAAGGCGCAGCGUUGAAGGUGAACAUAAUAUUUAUUAUACUGAUCACACGAUCAAAAACAACAGACGAUAACGUGAUGUCUACGGUUUAACACAAACCAAAUAAGAACAAGAAACCACAAACACAAAGUGAAAGACAGACAGUUAAAUAUGGCUCCCAAUCAGAGACAACCAGCUGACACUCGUUGCCUCUGAUUGGGAGUCACUCAGGCCAACAUAGAAAUACAAACAUAGAAUUACACACCCUGGCUCAACAUAACAGUGUCCCCAGAGCCAGGGCGUGACAAACAGAACAGAUAUAUAUCAAAUAACAGAUAUGUCUCCAAAAAUGGAACAGAUAUUUAUCAAAGAACAAAUAUGUCUGCAAUAACAGAACAGAUAUUUAUCAAAUAACAGAUAUGUCUCCAAUGUAUUGUUGCCACGUUCAACCUAUUUUCUCUGUUUGCAGCACGUCCUUAUUAUGCUAUCUUUAUUAUGGUUCUCCCCUCCUCCUCUCCUCCCUUCCUCCUCCCCUCCUCCUCUCCCCCCUUCCUCCUCCCCUCCUCCUCUCCUCCCUUCCUCCUCCCCUCCUCCUCCCCUCCUCCUCCCAUCCUCUUCAGUUCAACCUGGUGUGUGCCAACAGUGGUCUGAAUGAGGCGUCCCAGUCCAUCUACAUGGCAGGGCUCCUGAUUGGUGCUCUGGUGUUUGGGCCAAUGGCAGACAGGUAUGGACUCAUCCAGUGUUUCCCCUAGGUUUCUUUUCAGCAGUGGUGGCAAGGGUAGAAGGGUCUCCUCCUCCCUCCCCUCCCUUUCCUCUCCCCCUCCCUCCUCACCUCUCCUUCUCCUCCCUCCCUCUCCCCUCCCCUCCUCACCUCUCCUUUCUCCUCCCUCCCUCUCCUCCUCCCUCCCCUCCCUCUCCUCUCCCCUCUCCCUCCUCACCUCUCCUUUCUCCUCCCUCCCUCCUCCUCCUCCCUCCCCUCCCUCUCCUCCUCCCCUCUCCUCUCCCUCCCCUCCCCUCCCCUCCCCUCCCUCCCCUCCCCUCCCCUCCCCUCCUCCCCUCCCCUCCCCCUCCUCUCACCCUCUCCUCUCCCCUCCUCCCUCCCUGCCUCCCUCUCCCUCCCUCCCCUCCCCUCCCCUCCCCUCCCCUCCCCUCCCCUCCCCUCCCCUCCCCUCCCCUCCCCUCCCCGCUGCUCCUGCCUUUCUCCUCCCUCCCCUCUCCUCCUCCCUCCCCUCCCCUCCCUCUCCUCGUCGCCCCCUCCCCUCCCGCCUCCUUCGCCCUCACCCGUCCUCCCUGCCCCCCUACGAGAUCCCCGUCCCCUCUCCGUCCUCAACCUCUCCGUCCCUGCCCCUCCCUCUCCUCUUCCCCUCCCCCAUCCCAUCACCUCUCGUCUUCGCCGCAAUCCCCUCCUCCCUCCCUCGCCUCUCCUCCUCCCCCUCCCUCCCUUUCCUCUCCCCUCCCCUCCUCACCUCUCCUUCUCCUCCCUCCCUCUCCCCUCCCCUCCUCACCUCUUCUUUUUCCUCUCUGCUCCUCAGGUAUGGUAGGCGUUUUGUGGUCCUCCUCUCUCUACUCAUCCAGCUGUUGUUCGGCGUGGGAGCAGCCUUCUCUCCCAACAUCUAUGUUUACAUAGCCUUCAGAUUCAUGGUCGGCACCACCAUCUCAGGCAUCGCUAUAAACACCUAUGUUUUAGGUGGGUACACUGCGAUGUUAUACCAUAUAACUUCCUUUUCACUUAGUGAAAACUGAAACUCUCACCUUUCUUGUAUCAAAUGCAAGGUACAGUUGUUUACUUCCCAGAAAUAAGCUGUGUUAGAGCUGGGCUGGAACAAAAUCCUGCAACCAGCAGCCCUCUGGGACCCAAGUUGGCCAAUACCAUACUAGAUAUUUGACAUGGCCGUCAGACUCCUCUGUCAUGUACUGUAUGUGUUUCCAUCCUCCAGGUAACAACCUCUGACCUCUAACCCCUUGAUCUAACCAGGUGCUGAGUGGACAGGUAAUAACAGGAAGGCUCUGUUCACCUCUGACCUCUAACCAGGUGCUGAGUGGACAGGUAAUAAACAGGAGGGCUCUGUUCACCUCUGACCUCUAACCAGGUGCUGAGUGGACAGGUAAUAACAGGAGGGCUCUGUUCACCUCUGACCUCUAACCCCUUGAUCUAACCAGGUGCUGAGUGGACAGGUAAUAACAGGAAGGCUCUGUUCACCUCUGACCUCUAACCCCUUGAUCUAACCAGGUGCUGAGUGGACAGGUAAUAACAGGAAGGCUCUGUUCACCUCUGACCUCUAACCAGGUGCUGAGUGGACAGGUAAUAACAGGAGGGCUCUGUUCACCUCUGACCUCUAACCAGGUGCUGAGUGGACAGGUAAUAACAGGAAGGCUCUGUUCACCUCUGACCUCUAACCCCUUGAUCUAACCAGGUGCUGAGUGGACAGGUAAUAACAGGAAGGCUCUGUUCACCUCUGACCUCUAACCCCUUGAUCUAACCAGGUGCUGAGUGGACCGGUAAUAACAGGAGGGCUCUGUUCACCUCUGACCUCUAACCAGGUGCUGAGUGGACAGGUAACAACAGGAGGGCUCUGUUCACCUCUGACCUCUAACCCCUUGAUCUAACCAGGUGCUGAGUGGACCGGUAAUAACAGGAGGGCUCUGUUCACCAUCUUCUCCCACUGUUUCUAUGCCAUCGGUCUGAUGCUGAUGUCUGGGAUCGCCUACGGGGUCAGAGACUGGAGGAUCCUACAGCUGGUCCUCUCCAGCCCUGUCCUGUUCCUCGGGGUAUUCUACUGGUACGUUCUGAACCCUGACCUGUCAGUCUGUCAGCUGGUCCUCUCCAGCCCUGUCCUGUUCCUCGGGUUAUUCUACUGGUACGUUCUGAACCCUGACCUGUCAGUCUGUCAGCUGGUCCUCCGCAGCCCUGUCCUGCUGCUGGGGGUAUUCUACUGGUACGUCUCUAACCUCUAACCCCGUCAGUCUGUCAGCUGGUGCAGAGGUGUGGUUUUAGAGCAGCCUACUCCACCCAUCUCUUUUUUAGACCCAUCCUUGACUCCCCAUCCCUGUACUUCCUGGACCCAUCGUUGACUCCCCAUCCAUGUACUUGCUGGACCCAUCCUUGACUCCCCAUCCCUGUACUUGCUGGACCCAUCCUUGACUCCCCAUCCCUGUACUUCCUGGACCCAUCCUUGACUCCCCAUCCCUGUACUUGCUGGACCCAUCCUUGACUCCCCAUCCCUGUACUUCCUGGACCCAUCCUUGACUCCCCAUCCCUGUACUUCCUGGACCCAUCCUUGACUCCCCAUCCCUGUACUUGCUGGACCCAUCCUUGACUCCCCAUCCCUGUACUUGCUGGACCCAUCCUUGACUCCCCAUCCCUGUACUUCCUGGACCCAUCCUUGACUCCCCAUCCCUGUACUUCCUGGACCCAUCCUUGACUCCCCAUCCCUGUACUUGCUGGACCCAUCCUUGACGCCGGACCCAUCCUUGACUCCCCAUCCCUGUACUUGCUGGACCCAUCCUUGACUCCCCAUCCCUGUACUUGCUGGACCCAUCCUUGACUCCCCAUCCCUGUACUUGCUGGACCCAUCCUUGACUCCCCAUCCCUGUACUUGCUGGACCCAUCCUUGACUCCCCAUCCCUGUACUUGCUGGACCAUCCUUGACUCCCAUCCUGUACUUGCUGGACCUCCUUGACUCCCAUCCCUAUACUUGCUGGACCCAUCCUUGACUCCCCAUCCCUGUACUUGCUGGACCCAUCCUUGACUCCCCAUCCCUGUACUUCCUGGACCCAUCCUUGACUCCCCAUCCCUGAUCGUCUGGUAGGAUCCUCCCAGAGUCAGCACGGUGGCUGAUGACCCAGGGCCGACAGGAGGAGGCUCGUCAGGAGAUCCGCAGAGCAGCCAGAAUCAACGGGAGGGAGGUCCCUGAAGCCCUGCUGGACCAGGUUAGUUUAUUUUUUAUUUUUUGAUUUCACCUUUAUUUAACCAGGUAAGCCAGUUGAGAACAGGUUCUCAUUUACAACUGCGACCUGGCCAAGAUAAAGCAAAGCAGUGCAUAAAAACAACACAGAGUUACAUAUGGGGUAAAAAAAACAUAAAGUCAAAAAUACAACAGAAAUAUAUAUACAGUGUGUGCAAAUGUAGCAAGUUAUGGAGUAAGGCAUAAAUAGGCUAUAGUGCAGAAUAAUUACAAUAGUAUUAACACUGGAAUGCUAGAUGUGCAAGAGAUUAUGUGCAAAUAGAGAUACUGGGGUGCAAAAGAGCAAAAUAAAUAACAAUAUAGGGAUGAGGUAGUUGGGUGGGCUAAUUUCAGAUGGGCUGUGUACAGGUGCAGUGAUCGGUAAGGUGCUCUGACAACUGAUGCUUAAAGUUAUUGAGGGAGAUAAGAGUCUCCAGCUUCAGAGAUUUUUGAAAUUCGUUCCAGUCAUUGGCAGCAGAGAACUGGAAGGAAUGGCGGCCAAAGGAGGUGUUGGCUUUGGGAAUGACCAGUGAGAUAUACCUGCUGGAGCGCAGACUACGGGUGGGUGCUGCUAUGGUGACCAAUGAGCUAAGAUAAGGCGGGGAUUUGCCUAGCAGUGAUUUAUAGAUGGCCUGGAGCCAGUGGGUUUGACGACGAACAUGUAGUGAGGACCAGCCAACAAGAGCGUACAGGUCACAGUGGUGGGUAGUGUAUGGGGCUUUGGAGACAAAACGGAUGGCACUGUGAUAGACUACAUCCAAUUUGCUGAGUAGAGUGUUGGAGGCUAUUUUGUAAAUGACAUCGCCGAAGUCAAGAAUCGGUAGGAUAGUCAGUUUUACGAGGGCAUGUUUGGCAGCAUGAGUGAAGGAGGCUUUGUUGCGAAAUAGGAAGCCGAUUCUAGAUUUAACUUUGGAUUGGAGAUUCUUUAAGUGAGUCUGGAAGUUGAGUUUACAGUCUAACCAGACACCUAGGUAUUUGUAGUUGUCCACAUACUCUAGGUCAGACCCGUCGAGAGUGGUGAUUCUAGUCGGGUGGGCGGGUGCCAGCAGCGUUCGAUUGAAAAGCAUGCAUUUAGUUUUACUAGUGUUUAAGAGCAGUUGGAGGCUACUGAAGGAUUGUUGUAUGGCAUUGAAGCUCGUUUGGAGGUUUGUUAACACAGUGUCCAAUGAAGGGCCAGAUGUAUACAAAAUGGUGUCGUCUGCGUAGAGGUGGAUCUGAGAGUCACCAGCAGCAAGAGCGACAUCAUUGAUAUACACGGAGAAAAGUGUCGGCCCAAGAAUUGAACCCUGUGGCACCCCCAUAGAGACUGCCAUAGGUCCAGACAACAGGCCCUCCGAUUUGACACACUGAACUCUAUCUGAGAAGUAGUUGGUGAACCAGGCGAGGCAGUCAUUUGAGAAACCAAGGCUAUUUAGUCUGCCAAUAAGAAUGCGGUGGUUGACAGAGUCGAAAGCCUUGGCCAGGUCGAUGAAGACGGCUGCACAGUACUGUCUAUUAUCAAUCGCGGUUAUAUCGCGGUUACUAUCAUCCUAACAUCCAGCAGGUUAUCAUCACUAUCAUCCUAACAUCCAGCAGGUUAUCAUCAUAAUCAUCCUAACAUCCAGCAGGUUACUAGAAGACUACAUUAAGUACAGUGGGGGAAAAAAGUAUUUAGUCAGCCACUUUUUGUGCAAGUUCUCCCACUUAAAAAGAUGAGAGAGGCCUGUAUUUUUCUAUAUUUUCAUCAUAGGUACACGUCAACUAUGACAGACAAAUUGAGGAAAAAAAUUCCAGAAAAUCACAUUGUAGGAUUUCUUAUGAAUUUAUUUGCAAAUCAUGGUGGAAAAUUAGUAUUUGGUCACCUACAAACAAGCAAGAUUUCUGGCUCUCACAGACCUGUAACUUCUUCUUUAAGAGGCUCCUCUGUCCUCCACUAAUUACCUGUAUUAAUGGCACCUGUUUGAACCAAAGAGCUGUCAAAGGACACCAGAAACAAAAUUGUAGACCAGGCUGGGAAGACUGAAUCUGCAAUAGGUAAGCAGCUUGGUUUGAAGAAAUCAACUGUGGGAGCAAUUAUUAGGAAAUGGAAGACAUACAAGACCACUGAUAAUCUCCCUCGAUCUGGGGCUCCACGCAAGAUCUCACCCCGUGGGGUCAAAAUGAUCACAAGAACGGUGAGCAAAAAUCCCAGAACCACACGGGGGGACCUAGUGAAUGACCUGCAGAGAACUGGGACCAAAGUAACAAAGCCUACCAUCAGUAACACACUACGCCGCCAGGGACUCAAAUCCUGCAGUGCCAGACGUGUCCUCCUGCUUAAGCCAGUACAUGUCCAGGCCCGUCUGAAGUUUGCUAGAGUGCAUUUGGAUGAUCCAGAAGAGGAUUGGGAGAAUGUCAUAUGGUCAGAUGAAACCAAAAUAGAACUUUUUGGUAAAAACUCAACUCGUCAUGUUUGGAGGACAAAGAAUGCUGAGUUGCAUCCAAAGAAUACCUACUGCGAAGCAUGGGGGUGGAAACAUCAUGCUUUGGGGCUGUUUUUCAGCAAAGGGACCAGGACGACUGAUCCGUGUAAAGGAAAGAAUGAAUGGGGCCAUGUAUCUUGAGAUUUUGAGUGAAAACCUCCUUCCAUCAGCAAGGGCAUUGAAGAUGAAACAUGGCUGGGUCUUUCAGCAUGACAAUGAUCCCAAACACACUGCCCGGGCAACGAAGGAGUGGCUUCGUAAGAAGCAUUUCAAGGUCCUGGAGUGGCCUAGCCAGUCUCCAGAUCUCAACCCCAUAGAAAAUCUUUGGAGGGAGUUGAAAGUCCGUGUUGCCCAGCGACAGCCCCAAAACAUCACUGCUCUAGAGGAGAUCUGCAUGGAGGAAUGGGCCAAAAUACCAUCAACAGUGUGUGAAAACCUUGUGAAGACUUACAGAAAACGUUUGACCUGUGUCAUUGCCAACAAAGGGUUUAUAACAAAGUAUUGAGAAACUUUUGUUAUUGACCAAAUACUUAUUUUCCACCAUAAUUUGCAAAUAAAUUCAUUAAAAAUCCUACAAUGUGAUUUUCUGGAUUUUUUUCCCUCAUUUUAUCUGUCAUAGUUGACGUGUACCUAUGAUGUAAAUUACAGGCCUCUCUCAUCUUUUUAAGUGGGAGAACUUGCACAAUUGGUGGCUGACUAAAUCCUUUUUUCCCCACUGUACACCAAACAUUAGGAACACCUUCCUAAUAUGGAGUUGUUAGUGUGUAGCCUUCCGACGUCACGUUUCGUUGCCGUUUGUUGUUUUGUAUGUUUAUUCAGUUUAAUAAACAUGUAUGCAUUUCACGCUGCGCCUUGGUCUGACCCGUUCUUCAACGACGUGACACAAGGCUUAAAAAUCCUUCUUUAACCUGUCUCCUCCCCUCAUCUACACUGAUUGAAGUGGAUUUAACAAGUGACAUCAAUAAGGGAUCAUAGCUUUCAGCUGGAUUCACCUGGUCAGUCUACAGUAUGUCAUGGAAAGAGCAGGUGUUCGUAAUGUAGAGGCAGUGUAUAGUUGGCAGUCUGGAUGGGUCUAGAACACCAUUAAAAACAAAACGUUUUAAGUGAGAAUAGGCAUUGGUCUGAAGCCGAAAAAUAAGGGAAAUUCACAUGAGCACCACAAUGCCUACUCCACCCAUGCUCUACCAAGGUUUUCGAGCACACAGCUUUGACCUACUACAGUAGCUAUGUUGGUAUUGUACUUCAAACUAUGUGUCGGCAGGUUGCUUAGGAUUCAAACCUUCUCUACUGAAUCUCCUCCUCCUAACUCUACUGUAUCUCCUCCUCCUCCUCAUACCUCUGCUGAAUCUCCUCCUCCUAACUCUGCUGUAUCUCCUCCUCCUCCUAACUCUACUGAAUCUCCUCCUCCUAACUCUGCUGUAUCUCCUCCUCCUCCUAACUCUGCUGUAUCUCCUCCUCCUCCUAACUCUGCUGUAUCCUCCUCCUGACUCUGUUGUAUCUCCUCCUCCUCCUAACUCUGCUGUAUCUCCUCCUAACUCUGCUGUAUCUCCUCCUCCCAACUCUGCUGUAUCUCCUCCUCCUCCUAACUCUGCUGUAUCUCCUCCUAACUCUGCUGUAUCUCUCCUCCCAAACUCUGCGUAUCCCUCCUCCUCCUAAUCUGCGUGUAUCUCCUCCUCCUCCUAACUCUGCUGUAUCUCCUCCUCCUCCUAACUCUGCUGUAUCUCCUCCUCCUCCUAACUCUGCUGUAUCUCCUCCUCCUCCUAACUCUGCUGUAUCUCCUCCUCCUCCUAACUCUGCUGUAUCUCCUCCUCCUAAAUCUGCUGUAUCUCCUCCUCCUCCUAACUCUGCUGUAUCUCCUCCUCCUCCUAACUCUGCUGUAUCUCCUCCUCCUAACUCUGCUGUAUCUCCUCCUCCUAACUCUGCUGUAUCUCCUCCUCCUAACUCUACUGUAUCUCCUCCUCCUAACUCUGCUGUAUCUCUCCUCCUCCUAACUCUGCUGUAUCUCCUCCUCCUCCUAACUCUGCUGUAUCUCCUCCUCCUCCUAACUCUGCUGUAUCUCCUCCUCCUCCUGACUCUGUUGUAUCUCCUCCUCCUCCUAACUCUGCUGUAUCUCCUCCUAACUCUAACUCUACUGUAUCUCCUCCUCCUCCUAACUCUCAUGUAUCUCCUCCUCCUCCUAACUCUGCUGUAUCUCCUCCUCCUCCUAACUCUGCUGUAUCUCCUCCUCCUCCUGACUCUGCUGUAUCUCCUCCUCCUCCUAACUCUGCUGUAUCUCCUCCUCCUCCUGACUCUGCUGUAUCUCCUCCUCCUCCUAACUCUGCUGUAUCUCCUCCUCCUCCUAACUCUGCUGUAUCCUCCUCUCCUCCUGACUCUGCUGUAUCUCCUCCUCCUCCUAACUCUGCUGUAUCUCAUCCUCCUGACUCUGCUGUAUCUCCUCCUCCUCCUAACUCUGCUGUAUCUCCUCCUAACUCUGCUGUAUCUCCUCCUCCUGACUCUGUUGUAUCUCCUCCUCCUCCUAACUCUGCUGUAUCUCCUCCUAACUCUGCUGUAUCUCCUCCUCCCAACUCUGCUGUAUCUCCUCCUCCUCCUAACUCUGCUGUAUCUCCUCCAAACUCUACUGUAUCUCCUCCUCCUAACUCUGCUGUAUCUCCUCCUAACUCUAACUCUACUGUAUCUCCUCCUCCCAGCUGCAGGUGGAGGGCUGCAGCUCGACCAAGACAAGCAACAUGUUGGACCUCUUCAGGAUCCCCUACCUGAGAAAACGGGCUCUCAUUCUCUCCUAUAUCUGGUCAGUACCUCAUUCUCUCCUAUAUCUGGUCAGUACCUCAUUCUCUCCUAUAUCUGGUCAGUACCUCAUUCUCUCCUAUAUCUGGUCAGUACCUCAUUCUCUCCUAUAUCUGGUCAGUACCUCAUUCUCUCCUAUAUCUGGUCAGUACCUCAUUCUCUCCUAUAUCUGGUCAGUACCUCAUUCUCUCCUAUAUCUGGUCAGUACCUCAUUCUCUCCUAUAUCUGGUCAGUACCUCAUUCUCUCCUAUAACUGGUCAGUACCUCAUUCUCUCCUAUAUCUGGUCAGUACCUCAUUCUCUCCUAUAUCUGGUCAGUACCUCAUUCUCUCCUAUAUCUGGUCAGUACCUCAUUCUCUCCUAUAUCUGGUCAGUACCUCAUUCUCUCCUAUAUCUGGUCAGUACCUCAUUCUCUGCUCUAUCUGGUCAGUACCUCAUUCUCUGCUCUAUCUGGUCAGUGUAAGACUGUAUCUGGCACCCUCUCCACCUGUUCGAUCAAUGUUUACAGUAACUACCCAUGAUUGACCAUAUUCAAAUUACAAUGGCAUGACUGACACUCAGUCCAAAAGUACUGAAUUGUCACACUUGAGUAUAAGUGAAAAAUAAAUGCUAUAUAUCAAAUUCCUCAUAUUAAACAAACCAGACAAUACGAUUUUCUUGUUUUUUAAAUUUAUGGACAGACAGGGUCACACUCCAACACUCAGACAUCAUUUACAAACACAGUAUUUGUAUUAAGUGGGUCCGCCAGAUCACAGGCAGUAGGGAUGACAACGCUUUAUAUUGAUAAGUGCGUGAAUUGGACCAUAUUGCUGUCCUGCUUGAGCAUUCGAAAUGUAACGAGUACUUUUGGGUUUCAUAGAAAAUGUAUGGGAGUAAAUGGUACACAUUUUUUUUAGGAAUGUAGUGGAGUGGGCCUCCUGAGUGGAGCAGCGGUCUAAGGCACUGCAUCUCAGUGCUAGAGGCGUCACUACAGACCCGGGUUCGAUCCCAGGCUGUGUCACAGCCGGCCGUGACCGGGAGACCCAUGAGGCGGUGCACAAUUGACCCAGCGUUGUACGGAUUAUGGGAGGGUUUGGCCAGUUUGGAUUUCCUUGUCCCAUCGUGCUCUAGCGACUCCUUGUGGCGGGCCAGGCGCCUGCAAGCUGACUUCGGUCGCCAGACUUCGGUUUUGCUUGACACACUGGUGCGGCUGGCUUCCAGGUUAAGCGAGCAGUGUGUCAAGCAGUGCGGCUUGGCAGGGUCGUGUUUCGUAGGGGAGUUGCAGCAAUGGGACAAGACUUUCACUACCAAUAGGGGAGAAAAAAAAGGAGUGGAGUAAAAGUAGUCUAAAAUAUAAAUAGUAAAAGUACAGAUACCCCAAAAAACGGCUUAAGUACUUUACACCUGUCACGACUUCCGCCGAGGCUGCCCUCCCACCUGGUUCGGGCAGGCUUCGGCGUUCGUUGUCACCGGAGUACUAGCUACUGCCGAUCCCAUUCUCAUCACUCCAUUUGUCAUGUCUUGUCAAUCACACACACCUGGUGCUCAUUCCCCUAAUUAGUAUGUGUAUAAGUGUUCCCUCUGUUCCCCUUGUCUUUGUGAGUGAUUGUUUGUUGUGAGAGCGUGUAGCUCGGUUGAGCUACUAUUCACUGUGUUAUUGCCAAGGUGGAUGUUUUCCCUUGUACAGUUUCGUUUGACGCUUGGGGCGUUUGAUUUAUGCAAACGGCUUAAACUCUGGACUUCGGUAUUUUACCUCCUGCGCCUGACUCCUUCUUUCACACCUCGUCACAGAAUCACUCACCCGAUCUGAUAUGGAGUCAGCAGGAGAAGACCGCAUGCCUAGAGUUGUGGCAAGGGCCAGGAGCAUUCCUCGAUGUUGGCCAGCUUGGGGGAAGCGAUGGAUCGGGUUGUUCAGGUGGUACAAUGCCUGGAGAGGAGAGAAUCUGAUCUAUCGAGACCAGCUGGUCAACCGGAUCCAGCCACCUACACCCCAGCCCCUGGAGGGAUCCAGAUAUCCCGACCACCGGCGUUUGACGGGACGGCAGCGCGAUGUAAGGGAUUCCUACUUGUAUUUCUCCAGCAUCAGGCCGGCGCCCCGGGAGCGGGAAAAGGUAUCCGUCCUCGUUUCCUGCCUUUGUGGGAGAGCCCUGGAGUGGGCCAACGCGGUGUGGAACGAGGGAGGACUACGGGGAGUUUGCUCGCCUCUUUCGGGACAUUUUUGAUCACCUGCCUGAGGGUCGAGAGGCGGGCGAACAACUGCUUAAUCUGAGGCAGGGGACGAGGACCACUCAGGACUACGCGCUGGAGUUCCGGACGCUGGCAGCGGGGUCCGGGUGGUACGAGCGGGCCCUGAUCGACCAUUUCCGUGCCACCUAAGGGAGGACGUCCGACGGGAGCUAGCCUGCCGGGAAGCCAUGCUAUCGUUUCUCCCAACUGGUGGACAUGGCCAUCCGACUGGACAAUCUGUUAGCAGCCAGAGGACAUCCUGGUAGGGGUCUUUCUGUUUCCACUCCGGAAGACUCUGACCCCGAGCAGAUGGAGCUGGGAGGAGCCGCCGGUCGAGAGAGCGCAGGAGGACAGCGACAGUGCCACUCUGGUGGCACGAAGGGACAAUCCACAUCACGUCGCAGUCAACACACUUUUGGGUCUGGAAGCGGUUGGCAGGGUACUCACGCAUCACCCCGGGUAACGAACACCCAAACGUGUUCAGAGCCCUUUGCGGUGCACUGUACUUUAUCUAUCUCCUUUCCCGAUCACUUGGUAGGUUCCCAUUGUAAGGCACUAGUCGAUUCAGGCGCAGCUGGGAAUUUUAUGGACAGGGCAUUUGCACGCCGUCAAGGCGUUUCAUUGGUUCCCCUAACCAUUCCACUCCCCAUCAGAGCACUUGAUAGUCGACCAUUAGGGUCCGGGUUGGUUAAGGAAGUUACGGUACCAGUCACCAUGAUUACGCAGGAGACGCAUGUUGAGCAGAUCACCUUUAUGAUUAUUGAGUCUCCUGUUUACCCUGUAGUCUUGGGUAUCCCGUGGUUAGCCCUUCACAACCCCAAUUUCUCAUGACCGCAGAGGGUUCUUAUGGGGUGGUCGCGUGAAUGUCCGGGUAGGUGUCUAGGUGUUUCCGUUGGUGCGACCACGGUGGAAAGUCCAGACAGUGCGCAUUCCCCCCGAAUACCAUGAUCUGGCGCUCGCGUUUUCCAAGACGCAAGCGACUAAAUAACUUUUUACCAGUUGUAGCUAUUUAGAUUGUCAUUAUGAAGACACCUUUCCAAACCUUUUUCCAUAAAACAUAUUAAUCAAAUCAAAUGUAUUUGUCACAUGCUCCGAAUACAACCUUACCAUGAAAUGCUUACUUAGAAGCCUUUAACCAACAAUGCAGUUUUAAGAAAAAUAUUGUUUGGACCAUGAUAGUUUGAUGGUGAUGUGGACACCAAGGAACUUGAUGCUCUCAACCUGCUCCACUACAGCCCUGUCAAUGAGAAUGGGGGCGUGCUCGGCCCUCCUUUUCCUGUAGUCCACGAUCAUCUCCUUUGUUUUGAUCAUGUUGAGGGAGAGAUUGUUUUUCUGGCACCACACUGCCAGGUCUCUGACCUCCUCCCUAUAGGCUGUCCCAUCGUUGUCGGUGAUCAUGCCUACCACCAUUGUGUUGUCGGCAAACUUAAUGAUGGUGUUGGAGUCGUGCUUGGCCACGCAGUCAUGGGUGAACAGGGAGUACAGGAGGGGACUAAGCACACACCCCUGAGGGGCCCCCGUGUUGAGGAUCAGCGUGGCAGAUGUGUUGUUACCUACCCUUACCACCUGGGGGAAGCCCGUCAGGAAGUCCAGGAUCCAGUUGUAGAGGGAGGUGUUUAGUCCCAGGGUCCUUAGCUUAGUGAUGAGCUUUGAGGGCACUAUGGUGUUGAACACUGAGCUGGAGUCAAUGAACAGCAUUCUCACAUAGGGGUUUCUUUUGUCCAGGUUGGAAAGGGCAGUGUUGAGUGCAAUAGAGAUUGCGUCAUCUGUGGAUCUGUUGGGGCAGUAUGCAAAUUGGAGUGGGUCUAGGGUGGGUCUAGGGUUUCUGGGAUAAUGGUGUUGAUGUGAGCCAUGACCAGCCUUUCAAAGCACUUCAUGGCUACAGACGUGAGUGCUACGGGUCGGUAGUCAUUUAGGCAGGUUACCUUGGUGUUCUUGGGCACAGGGACUAUGGUGGUCUGCUUGAAACAUGUUGGUAUUACAGACUCGGCCAGGGACAGGUUGAAAAUGUCAGUGAAGACACUUGCCAGUUGGUCAGCGCAUGCUCAGAGUACACGUCCUGGUAAUCCGUCUGACCCUGCGGCCUUGAGAAUGUUGACCUGUUUAAAGGUCUUACUCACAUCGGCUACGGCGAGCAUGAUCGCACAGUUGUCCAGAACAGCUGGUGAUCUCAUGCAUGCUUCAGUGUUGCUUGCCUCGAAGCGCUCAUAUAAGCCAUUUAGCUCAUCUGGUAGGAUUGUGUCACUGGGCAGCUUGCAGCUGGGCUUCCCUUUGUAGUCCGUAAUAGUCUGCAAGCCCUGUCACACCCGAAGAGCAACAGAGCAGGUGUAGUAGGAUGCAAUCUUAGUCCUGUAUUGACUCUUUGCCUGUUUGAUGGUUCGUCUGAGGGCAUAGCGGGAUUUCUUAUUAUCAUCCGGGUUAGAGUCCCGCUCCUUGAAAGCAGCAGCUCUACCCUUUAGCUCAGUGCGGAUGUUGCCUGUAAUCUAUGGUUUCUGGUUGGGGUAUGUACGUACGGUCACUGUGGAGACGACGUCAUCGAUGCACUUAUUGAUGAAGCCGGUGACUGAUGUGGUAUACUCCUCAAUGCCAUAUUCCAGUCUGAGUUAGCAAAACAGUCCUGUAGCGUAACAUCCACGUCACCUGACCACUUCCAUAUUGAGCGAGUCACUGGUUCUUCCUACUUUAGUUUUUGCUUGUAAGCAGGAAUCAGGAGGAUAUAAUUAUGGUCAUAUUUGCCAAAUGGAGGGUGAGGGAGAGCCUUGUAUGGGUCUCUGUGUGUGGACUAAAGGUGGUCUAGAGUUUUUUCCCUUCUGGUUGCACUUGUGACAUGCUGGUAGAAAUGAGGUAAAACAGAUUUAAGUUUGUCUGCAUUAAAGUCCACGGCCACUAGGAGCGUGCCCUCUGGAUGAGCGUUUUCUUGUUUGCUUAUGGCUUUAUACAGCUCGUUGAGUGCGGUGUUAGUGCCAGCGUCGGUUUGUGGUCGUAAAUAGACAGCUACGAAAAAUAUAGAUGAAAACACUCUUGGUAAAUAGUGUGGUCUACAGCUUAUCAUGAUACUCUACCUCAGGCGAGCAAAACCUAGAGACUUCCUUAGUAUUCAAUUUUAUGCAAUAGCUGUUGUUUACAAAUAUACACAGACCGCCACCCCUUGUCUUACCGGAGUCAGCCGUUCUAUCCUGUCGAUGUAGCGUAUAUCCCGCCAGCUGUAUGUUAUCCAUGUCAUCGUUCAGCCACAACUCGGUGAAACAUAAGAUAUUACAGUUUUUAAUGUCCCGUUGGUAGGAUAACCGUAAUCUUAGGUCGUCCAAUUUAUUUUCUAAUGAUUGAAGAUUGGCUAAUAGGAUUGAUGGAAGAGGCAGUUUACUCGCUCGCCGUCGGAUCCUUACAAGCACCCCGACCUAUGUCCACAAUAUCUCUGUCUCUUUCUUAUGCGAAUGACGGGGAUUUGGGCCUUGUCGGGUGUCUGUAGGAUGUCCUUCGCGGCCGACUUGUUGAAGAAAAAAUAUUUGUCCAAUACGAGGUGAGUAAUCGCUGUCCUGAUAUCCAGAAGCUCUUUUUGGUUAUAAGAGACGAUGGCAGAAACAUGAUGUACAAAAUAAAUUACAAAUAACGCGGAAAAACACACAUAAUAGUACAAUUGGUUAGAGGGCUGUAAAAUGGCAGCCAUCUUCUCCGGUACCCUCGCCAAUUCGUUGAUUUAUAUGUUGAAGAGAGUGGGGCUUAAGCUGCGUCCCUGUCUCACCCCACGGCCCUGUGGAAAGAAAUGUGUGUGUUUGUUGCCAAUUUUAACUGCACACUUGUUGUAUGUGUACAUAGAUUUUAUAAUGUCAUAUGUUUUUACCCCAACACCACUUUCCAUAAAGUUGUAUAGCAGACCCUCAUGCCAAAUUGAGUCAAAACCUUUUUUGAAAUCAACAAAGCAUGAGAAAACUUUGCCUUUGUUUUGGUUUGUUUCUUUGUCAAUUAGGGUGUGCAGGGUGAAUAUGUGGUCUGUUGUACGGUAAUUUGGUAAUAAGCCAAUUUGACAUUUGCUCAGUACAUUGUUUUCACUGAGGAAAUGUACCAGUGUGCUGUUAAUGAUUUUCCCAAGGUUGCUGUUGAUGCAUAUACCACAGUAGUUAUUGGGGUCAAAUUUGUUUCCACUUUUGUGGAUUGGGUUGAUCAGUCUUGGUUCCAAAUAUUGGGGAAGACACUCUCCCGCAGGUCUGGGAGAGUGUCUUGCUGGUCUGGGCAGGGUGUCUGUUGAUCUGGUGAGGUGUUGGGGCUGCGGUUGAGGGCGAUGCACUUUAGGGUCCUGGCGAAGGUGGGCACUGCUGCCUUUUAUAGGUGGAGCUUGUCAUAAAGGCUGUUCAAGUCCAGGGUGAAGUGGUGGGCCAGGUGCACAGUCAUGGGAAAUACUUGCGUUUACCCGCUGUAUGGUAGCAGGGUGGAAGUCUUUUUUUCGUGGUAGCAGUUUGGAGAUAACCACUUGUGCGUUGGGGAAAGAAGAAUAAGCUUUUUCAAUCACUCCCUUGAGUGCUGUUGCCACCCUUCCCUGCUGUGCUCUCAGGUUGUUUGUGCCUGUGUGUAUUAUGAUGUGGCUGGGUGAUCCUAGUUGGUCCUCAGACAGAAAGUCUGGGUUGGCGCCCCCCCCCUUGGUUUGUGCUGUGGUGGAGACCUCUGUGGGCUAUACUCGGCCUUGUCUCAGGAUUGUAAGUUGGUGGUUGGGGAUAUCCCUCUAGUGGUGCGGGGGCUGUGCUUUGGCGGAGUGGGUGGGGUUAUAUCCUUCCUGUUUGGCCCUGUCCGGGGGUUUCUUCGGAUGGGGCCACAGUGUCUCCGGACCGCUCCUGUCUCAGCCUCCAGUAUUUAUGCUGCAGUAGUUUAUGUGUCGGGGGGCUGGGGUUAGUUGGUUAUACCUGGAGUACUUCUCCUGUCUUAUCCAGUGUCCUGUGUGAAUUUAAGUAUGCUCUCUCUAAUUCUCUCGUUCUCUCUUUCUCUCUGAGAACCUGAGCCCUAGGACCAUACGUCAGGACUACCGGGCAUGAUGACACCUUGCUGUCCCCAGUCCGCCUGGCCCUGCUGCUAUUCCAGUUUCAACUGUUCUGCCUGCGGCUACGAAACCCCUACCUGUCCCAGACCUGCUGUUUUCAACUCUUUAAUGAUCGGCUAUGAAAAGCCAACUGAGAGACCUGAGCCCUAGGACCAUACGUCGGGACUACCGGCCGUGGUGACUCCUUGCUGUCCCCAGUCCGCCUGGCCUUGCUGCUAUUCCAGUUUCAACUGUUCUGCCUGCGGUUAUGGAACCCCUACCUGUCCCAGACCUGCUGUUUUCAACUCUUAAUGAUCGGCUAUGAAAAGCCAACUGAGAUUUAUUCCUGAUUACUAUUUGACCAUGCUUGUCACUUAUGAACAUUUUUGAACAUCUUGGCAUGGUUCUGUUAUAAUCUCCACCCGGCACAGCCAGAAGAGGACUGGCCACCCCUCAUAGCCUGGUUCCUCUCUAGGUUUCUUCCUAGGUUUUCGCCUUUCUAGGGAGUUUUUCCUAGCCACCGUGCUUCUACACCUGCAUUACUAGCUGUUUGGGGGUUUUAGGCUGGGUUUCUGUACAGCACUUCGAGAUAUUAGCUGAUGUAAGAAGGGCUAUAUAAAAUAAAAUUGAUUGAUUGAUUGAAAGUCUAGGGUGCGCUGGGUGUUUGGAGACCAGAGUUUAGACACUGUUUUUGGGAAAAAGUGUAUUUUCUUGCAUAUAUUUCCCAUAUCAUGGGGGGGGGGGGGGGGGGGGGGGGUUGUCAGGAGGGCUAUCAGGGUGGCUGAACGGGGGGGGUGCUCAAAGGGGAUGGGAUCUCCUGGGCUUGGUGUUCUUCAUUUGUCUGUCCUGCUGUGAUGUCGGGGCUAUGGUCAGGGUCUGGGGUGGACUGUUCUGCUGUGGUGUCGAGACUUUGGUCAGGAUCUGAGGUGGGCUGUUCUCUCUCCACCUCCAGCUCUCCAGGUCUAGUUAAGGGGGUGUUGUUGUGCUGGACUGUUGUCUGAGUCUGUGCUGACUGGAGUGUGUUCACCUGCUGUUCCAGCUCCACCUGCCUUACCUCCAGCUGGUUGAAUGUAUCCUUCAUUUCAGUGAGGGAGUAGUACUCUGUGCUGGGAGGUUGACUUUCUGCUUGGGAUUGCUCGUCUGUGGGGUUGUUAAAUGAAGAGGUCUGGUCUGACACGCUUGGGGUGGGGGUAUCUUUCUCAAGAGAGCGCAUCUCCUGCUUUGCUCCCUCUUUGAUUAUAUGAAAGUCCAGCUGAAACUGUUUGGGGUUGCCCUGUACCAAUACUGUUCCAGACUUGUAUAGAUUUAUAUUGGCUGACUCAGAGUCCUCGUUGUCUAGUAUCCUGAGUUUCCACCCAUCGCUAACCAUUUGCUGUAUAGAUUGGAUCUUUGGUGGUAGGAAUCCUUGCAGGUAAUUUUGUCCAAAAUCAGUUUGUAGGUUUGGAGUUUUUGAUUUGGAGUGAAGGUUAAGUUGUGGAGGGUAGUAUCCUGUAUGUGUCCUUGUGGAAAAAUUGAAGUUUAUCUAACUCUAAAUCUAUCUUUUUGUUAAAAAAAAUCUGCUCACUACCCCUCUCUCUCUUUCAAUUCAAUUCAAUUCAAAGGGCUUUAUUGGCAUGGGAAACAUAUGUUUACAUUUCCAAAGCAAGUGAAAUAGAUCAUAAACAAAAGUGAAAUAAACAAUAUAAAAUGAACAAUAAAUAUUAGACUCAAAAAAGUUCCAAAGGAAUAGAGACAUUCCAAAUGUCAUAUUAUGUAUAUAUACAGUGUUGUAACAAUGUACAAAUAGUUAAAGUACAAAGGGAAAAUAAAUAAACAUAAAUAUGGGUUGUAUUUACAAUGGUGUUUGUUCUUCACUGGUUGCCCUUUUCUUGUGGUAACAGGUCACACAUCUUGCUGCUGUGAUUGCACACUGUGGUAUUUCACACAAUAGAUAUGGGAGUUUAUCAAAAUUGGGUUUGUUUUCUAAUUCUUUGUGGGUCUCUGUAAUCUGAGGGAAAUAUGUGUCUCUAAUAUGGUCAUACAUUUGGCAGGAGGUGAGGAAGUGCAGCUCAGUUUCCACUUCAUUUUGUGGCAGUGUGCACAUAGUCUGUCUUCUCUUGAGAGCCAGGUCUGCCUAAGGCGGCCUCUCUCAAUAGCAAGGCUAUGGUCACUGAGUCUGUACAUAGUCAAAGCUUUCCUUAAGUUUGGGUCAGUCACAGUGGUCAGGUAUUCUGCCGCUGUACUCUCUGUUUAGGGCCAAAUAGCAUUCUAGUUUGCUCUGUUUUUUUGUUAAUUCUUUCCAAUGUGUCAAGUAGUGAUCUUUUAGUUUUCUCAUGAUUUGGUUGGGUCUAAUUGUGUUGCUGUCCUGGGGCUCUGUGGGGUCUGUUUGUGAACAAAGCCCCAGGACCAGCUAGCUUAGGGGACUCUUCUCCAGGUUCAUCUCUCUGUAGGUGAAGGCUUUGUUAUGGAAGAUGUGAGAAUUGCUUCCUUUUAGGUUGUUGUAAAAAUUAACGGCUGUUUUCUGGAUUUUGGUAAUUAGCGGGUAUCGGCCUAAUUCUGCUCUGCAUGCAUUAUUUGGUGUUUUACGGUGUACACAAAGGAUAUUUCUGCAGAAUUCUGCAUGCAGUCUCAAUUUGGUGUUUGUUCCAUUUUGUGAAUUCUUGGUUGGUGAGCGGACCCCAGACCUCACAACCACGAAGGGCAAUGGGUUCUAUAACUGUUUCAAGUAUUUUUUGCCAGAUCCUAAUUGGUAUGUCAAAUUGUAUGUUCCUGUUGAUGGCAUAGAAGGCCCUUCUUGCCUUGUCUCUCAGAUCGUUCACAGCUUUGUGGAAGUUACCUGUGGCGCUGAUGUUUAGGCUGAGGUAUGUAUCGUUUUUUGUGUGCUCUAGGGCAACGGUGUCUAGAUGGAAUUUGUAUUUGUGGUCCUGGCAACUGGACCUUUUUUAGAACACUAUUAUUUUUGUCUUACUGAGAUUUACUGUCAGGGCCCAGGUCUGACAGAAUCUGUGUAGAAGAUCUAGGUGCUGCUGUAGGCCCUCCUUGGUUGGGGACAGAAGCACCAGAUCAUCAGCAAACAGUAGACAUUUGACUUCAGAUUCUAGUAGGGUGAGGCCGGGUGCUGCAGACCGUUCUAGUGCCCUCACCAAUUAGUUGAUAUACUGCAUACAGUGUGGGUUGGUGUGAGGUGUGACCCAGGUGUGGUGUAGGAUAUACAGUACAUUUUACAUUUUACAUCAUUUAGCAGACGCUCUUAUCCAGAGCGACUUACAGUUACUGAGUGCAUACAUAAUUUUUUUAUUUUUCAUACUGGCCCCCCAUGGGAAACGAACCCACAACAGUAGGCAGAGAUGGUGAAACAAGGAUCUUUACUUUUCCCGAAGCCAGAAUACAAAAUAACGGACUUAUGACGAUAAAAGAAAGGCGGAGCAAAUAAGUCUCCAAAAACCGGCUGACAGCCAAAAUACGAAAUACUUCCUAAGACUGAAACAAAUAACGAAACAGGGAGAACACUUCUCAAGUACCUGUUCAUAGGUCUCCGAUCAGACACUGAGUAGUACUGCUGGACAUAGAGAAACUAGCAGAGAAAACUGAGCAAGGGAACACAGGGAAGUGAGGGCAUAAAUACACAGGUGAACAGGUAGACACAGGUGACACCAAUAGGAUGAUGAUAAGUCCAGACUGUGAGUGAGGAUGUGGUUGUCGAAGGAUGACACCUAGUGAUCUGCGACCCCUCCUGUAAAACAGGUUUUUAGAAAUUUCAGCAAAUGUGUAAAAAAACAACAACAGAAAUAUCUUAUUUACAUAGUAUUCAGACCCUUUGCUAUGAGACUCAAAAUUGAGCUCAGGUGCAUCCUGUUUCAUUUACAUUUACGUCAUUUAGCAGCAUUUUUUUUUGGGGGGGGGGGGGGGGGGGGGGGGGUUGGAGUAAAGGGGGGGGGGGUAGAAGGAUUACUUUAUCCUAUCCCAGGGUAUUCCUUAAAGAGGUGGAGUUUCAAAUGUCUCCGGAAGGUGGUGAGUGACUCCGCUGUCCUGGCGUCCGUGAGGGAGCUUGUUCCACCAUUGGGGUGCCAGAGCAGCGAACAGUUUUGACUGGGCUGAGCGGGAGGGGAACUAUGCUUCCGCAGAGGUAGGGGAGCCAGCAGGCCAGAGGUGGAUGAACGCAGUGCCCUCGUUUGGGUGUAGGGACUGAUCAGAGCCUGAAGGUACAGAGGUGCCGUUCCCCUCACAGCUCCGUAGGCAAGCACCAUGGUCUUGUAGCAGAUGCGAGCUUCAACUGGAAGCCAGUGGAGUGUGCGGAGGAGCGGGGGGGUGACGUGAGAGAACUUGGGAAGGUUGAACACCAGACGGGCUGCAGCAUUCUGGAUGAGUUGUAGGGGUUUAAUGGCACAGGCAGGGAGCCCAGCCAACAGCGAGUUGCAGUAAUCCAGACGGGAGAUGACAAGUGCCUGGAUUAGGACCUGUGCCGCUUCCUGUGUAAGGCAGGGUCGUACUCUCCGAAUGUUGUAGAGCAGUGAACUACAGGAUCGGGUCACCGCCUUGAUGUUAGCGGGAGAACGACAGGGUGUUGUCCAGGGUCACGCCAAGGCUCUUCGCACUCUGGGAGGAGGGACACAACGGAGUUUUCAACCGUGAUGGCGAGAUCAUGGAACGGGCAGUCCUUCCCCGGAAGGAAGAGCAGCUCCGUCUUGCCGAGGUUCAGCUUGAGGUGGUGAUCCGUCAUCCAUACUGAUAUGUAUGCCAGACAUGCAGAGAUAAGAUUCGCCACCUGGUUAUCAGAAGGGGGAAAGGAGAAGAUUAGUUGUGUGUCGUCAGCGUAGCAAUGAUAGGAGAGGCCAUGUGAGGAUAUGACAAGUGACUUGGUGUAUAGCGAGAAUAGGAGAGGGCCUAGAACUGAGCCCUGGGGGACACCAGUGGUGAGAGCACAUGGUGCGGAGACAGCUUCUCACCACGCCACUUGGUAGGAGCGACCGGUCAGGUAGGACGCAAUCCAAGAGUGAGCCGCGCCGGAGAUGCCCAGCUCGGAGAGGGUGGAGAGGAGGAUCUGAUGGUUCACAGUAUCAAAGGCAGCAGACAGGUCUAGAAGGACAAGAGCAGAGGAGAGAGAGUUAGCUUUAGCAGUGCGGAGAGCCUCUGUGACACAGAGAAGAGCAGUCUCAGUUGAAUGACCAGUCUUGAAACCUGACUGGUUUGGAUCAAGAAGGUCAUUCUGAGAGAGAUAGCAAGAGAGUUGGCUAAAGACGGCACGCUCAAUAGUUUUGGAGAGAAAAGAAAGAAGGGAUACUGGUCUGUAGUUGUUGACAUCGGAGGGAUCGAGUGUUUGGUUUUUUUGAGAAGGGGUUGCAACUCUCACUCUCUUGAAGACGGAAGGGACAUAGCCAGCGGUCAAGGAUGAGUUGAUCAGCGAGGUGAGGUAAGGGAGAAGGUCACUGGAGAUGGUCUGGAGAAGAGAGGAGGGGAUAGGGUCAAGCGGGCAGGUUGUUGGGCGGCCUGCCAUCACAAGUCGCAAGAUUUAUCUGGAGAGGGAGAGGGGGAGAAAGAAGUCAAAGCAUAGGGUAGGGCAGGUGUGAGCAGGAACCAGCAGUGUCAUUUGACUUAACCAAACGAGGAUCGGAUGUCGUCAACCUUCUUUUCAAAAUGGUUUUACGAAGUCAUCCACAGAGGGGGGGGGGGGGGGGGGGGAUUCAGCAGGGAGGAGAAUGUGGCAAAGAGCUUCCUAGGGUUAGAGGCGGAUGCUUGGAUUUAGAGUGGUAGAAAGUGGCCUUAGCAGCAGAAACAGAUGAAGAAAAUGUAGAGAGGAGGGAGUGAAAAGAUGCCAGGUCUGCAGGGAGUCUAGUUUUCUUCCAUUUCCGCUCAGCUGCCCGGAGCUCUGUUCUGUGAGCUCGCAAUGAGUCAUCAAGCCACGGAGCUGGAGGGGAGGACCGAGCCGGCCGGGAGGAUAGGGGACAUAGAGAGUCAAAGGAUGCAGAAAGGGAGGAGAGGAGGGUUGAGGAGGCAGAAUCAGGAGAUUGGAGGGAGAUGGGUUGAGCAGAGGGAAGAGAUGAUAGGAUGGAAGAGGAGAGAGUAGAGAUGUUUCUACCACUUGAUUGGAGUUCACCUGUGGUAAAUUCAAUUGAUUGGACAUGAUUUGGAAAGGCACACACCUGUCUAUAUAAGAUCCCACAGUUGACAGUGCAUAUCAGAGCAAAAAACCAAGCCAUUGAGGUCGAAGGAAUUGUCCGUCGUAGAGCUCCGAGACAGGAUUGUGUUGAGGCACAGAUCUGUGGAAGGGUACCAAAAAAUGUCUGAGCAUUGAAGGCCUCCAAGAACACCAGUGGUCUCCAUCAUUCUUAAAUUCAAGAAGUUUGGAACCACCAAGACUCUUCCUAGAAACUGGCUGCCCGGCCAAACACUGAGCAAUUGGAGGAGAAGGGCUUUGGUCAGGGAGGUGAUCAAGAACCUGAUGGUCACUCUGACAGAGCUCUAGAGUUCCUCUGUGGAGAUGGGAGAACCUUCCAGAAGGACAACCAUCUCUGCAGCACUCCACCAAUCAGGCCUUUAUGGUAGAGUGGCCAGACGGAAGCCACUCCUCAGUAAAAGGCAGAUGAACAGCCCGCUUGGAGUUGCCAAAAGGCACCUAAAGACUGAAACCAAGAUUGAACUCUUUGGCCUGAAUGCCAAGAGUCCACGUCUGGAGGAAACCUGGCACCAUCCUACGUGGAAGGCAUGGUGGUGGCAGCAAUCAUGCUGUGGGGAUGUUUUUCAGCUGCAGGGACUGGGAGACUAGUCAGGAUCGAGGGUAAAGAUGAACGGAUCAAAGUACAGCGAGAUCCUGAUGAAAACCUGCUCAGGACUUCAGACCUGGGGUGAAGGUUCACCUUCCAACAGGACAACGACCUUAAGCACACAGCCAAUAUAACGCAGGGGUGGCUUCGGGACAAGUCUCGGAAUAACCUUGAGUGGACAAUCCAGAACCCAGACUUUAACCCGAUCGAACAUCUCUGGAGAGACCUGAAAAUAGCUGUGCUGCGACUCUCCCCAUCCAACCUGACAGAGCUGAGAGGAUCUGCAGAGAAGAAUGGGAGAAACUCCCCAAAUACAGGUGUGCCAAGCUUGUAGCAUCAUACCCAAGAAGACUUGAGGCUGUAAUUACUGCCAAAGGUGCUUCAACAAAGUACGGAGUAAAGGGUCUGAAUGCUUAUGUAAAUGUGACAUUACACUUUUUUAUUUGUAAUACAUUUGCUAAAAUUUCAAAAAAAUUGUUUUUUGCUUUGUCAUUAUUGGUGAGGUGGAAAAAACCAAUUUAAUCCAUUUUAGAAUAAGGCUGUAAAAGACAAGGGGUCUGAAUACUUUCCAAAUGAAAUGUUUGUUGAAGAGGGUGGGGCUCAAAGUGCAUCCCUGUCCACCCAACGGCUUGUGGAAGAAAUGUGUUUUUUUGCCAAUUUUAACUUCACACUGUUGUUUUGUGUACAUUGAUUUUAGAAUGUUGUAUGUUUUUCCCCCCCAACAUCACUUUCCAUCAAUUUGUAUAACAGACCCUCAUGCCAAAUUCAAGACAAUUGAGAUGAUUGUGGACUACAGGAAAAAGAGGGCCUAGCACGCCCCUAUUUUCAUCGACGGGGGCUGUAGUGGAGCAGGUUGAGAGCUUCAAGUUCCUUGGUGUCCACAUCACCAACAAACUAUCAUGGUCCCAAACACACCAAGACAGUCGUGAAGUAGGGCACGACAAAGCCUAUUCCCCCUCAGGAGACUGAAAAGAUUUGGCAUGGGUCCUCAGAUCCUCAAAAGUUUCUACAGCUGCACCAUCGAGAGCAUCCUGACUGGUUGCAUCACUGCCUGGUAUGGCAACUGCUCGGCCUCCGACCGCAAGGCGCUACAGAGGUUAGUGUGUACGGCCCAGUACAUCAGUGGGACCAAGCUUCCUGCCAUCCAGGACCUCCUGUACCAAGGCGGUGUCAGAGGAAGGCCCUAAAUAUGGUCAAAGACUCCAGACACCCUAGUCAUAGACUGUUCUCUCUUGCUACCACAAAUCAAGCGGUACCACAGCGCAAGUCUAGGUCAAAAAGGCUUCUUCACAGAUUCUACCCCCAAGCCAUAAGACUCCUGAACAGCUAAUCAUGGCUACCCGGACUAUUUGCACCCCCACCCCAUAUUUUACCCCUUCUCUUUUUUUUAACUAUGCAUGUAUUAAAUCUACCACUGUACAUAUUUAACCCACUAGCGGUUCCCCAAAUAACCCUGGCGGUACCCCGUUUCCCCCCUUAUUAGCGCUUUUUUUUUUUUUAAAAUUUUUUAGUUUCUUUUCUUAAACUGCUUUUAGGCUUUCGGGAUUUCGUAAAAAAUUUUUCCCGGUCCCAAAAAAGAGAUAUGAUCAAAGUUUUGUAAUCACAAACAUAGAAGACCUUGUUUUUGUUUUUUUUGGGUUUCGGUUUCCCCUCUUCUGGGUAAUUUGAAAACCUUUGACUUUCUCUCUUUUUUCCUAAAAUUACCAUUCUUUUUUCGGAUUUUCCCGGGUUUGUGCUUCCCCAGUGUUUUCAUCUCUCCAUUUGUUUGGGUCAUCCUUGUUCCAAUAAGGAUCCCGCUAGUGUGUUUUUAAAGUUUGUUCCUUACUGUCUCCUCUCUCCCCUUUCUCAUUUUUCUCCCCCUCCUCUUCGGCUCCCUCUCUCUCUCUCCCUCUCUUAGUUCUCCUCUUUUCUAUUCUCCCCUAUCUCUCUCUCUCUUCCCCCUCUCUCCCCUCCCCUCCUAAGGUUUUUCUCUGGUGUCUCGGGUUGCCCUAAGUGGUCUUGGUCCCCAUUUGAUAUACCAAGUUAACUGGGUUAAUGGCGGCUUUCCCUCCCCAAAAAAAUUUGGACGGGCCCGUCGGCCCUCCCUGCUUUGACAUUUUGGGGCGUUUCUGACCAUGGUUUUUUUUAUUAAGGGGUCUUUUUCUGCUAUUUAUUAAAAAAUUUUUUAUGCAAGGGCCUUUGUGCUUUUUUACUUUUACAUUUUGUUUUUUCCCUUGAACAAAACCAAUGCUUUGUUAAAAACACUCCUCCCCCUUUUUGAUAAACGGAGUGGAGGAGCGUCCGACGCGCGGUAAAAAUACUGCAGUACAAUUCUGCUGUUUUACGUAGUCUGAGGAAAUAAAAAACACUGUUGUUUACUUUUUUGUUGAAAAAUCCCAAACACUGUUUCACCAAUUAUGGAGUCUAGCUUUAAGUGUUAUUUUUAAACACUUGUGACACUAGUUUAAUUCUUUAAGCACCUUUAACACUUUGUGUCAUUCAACACGUUAACAGAUUCUCCCGUCUGAUUGUUUCUCCUCCCUCAGACCUGGGCCCGGGAGUGACGACAGUCAUAGCCGUGUUGGGAAGUUUCCCUGGCUGCCUCCCUUUACCAUCGUCUAUUUUACACAGCUGAGCUCUAUCCCACUGUAGUGAGGUAUGGUUCAUACAGCUGAGCUCUAUCCCACUGUAGUGAGGUAUGUUCAUUCAGCUGAGCUCAGUCCCACUGUAGUGAGGUAUGUUCAUUACAGCUGAGCUCUAUCCCACUGUAGUGAGGUAUGUUCCAUUACAGCUGGCUCAGUCCCACUGUAGUGAGGUAUGUUUUCAUUACAGCUGAGCUCAGUCCCACUGUAGUGAGGUAUGUUCUUACAGCUGACUCAGUCCCCCUGUAAAUGAGGAUGUUUAUUACAGCUGAGCUCAGUCCCACUGUAGUGAGGUUGUUCAUUACAGCUGACUCUAUCCCACUGUAGUGAGGUAUGUUAAUUACAAAAAAGCUAGCUCAGUCCCACUGUAGUGAGGAUGUUCAUUACACUGAGCUCUAUCCACUGUAGUGAGGUAUGUUCUUACAGCUGAGCUCUAUCCCACUGUAGUGAGGUAUAUUCAUUACAGCUGAGCUCUAUCCCACUGUAUGAGGUAUAUUCAUUACAGCUGAGCUCUAUCCCACUGUAGUGAGGUAUGUUCAAUUACAGCUGAGCUCAGUCCCCCUGUAUGAGGUAUUUCAUUACAGCUGAGCUUUUAUCCCACUGUAGUGGGAGAAAUUCAUACUCUAAAACACCCCUGUCUGAAUAUGCAAAAGAUACAAGCCUAAAAGGUCAACAUCUUACAGCGUCUCCUUUAUAUUUUAUAGAAUAAGUAA